GCUACGUAACUGAAGUUGAAGAAGAAAGGGACACCUCAUACGUCUACUCUGUGACCAUUCAUUGCCUACGGAGCUUAAAAAGUACAAGCCAGCUUCAAUUCAGAGCUAUGCUCUUUAAAUUCAGAUAGCCAAUCCACAAACACAUGUCGGGAACGCCUGAUUGAACAUCGCGAUCGAACGAAACAUGUCCGACAUGGCGUCAACGUCGCUGUCACUGCGGGAUCGGCAGCUGCGCUCAAUUGUGCGCAUGCUGAACCUGAACCACGAGCCUCCAGCGUCACAAGAAGACGAACACGACCAACAAGCGAAUGGUGGACUUCCCCAUUCCUCAUCACUCGUUGACGAGAACGGUCUGCCAAUAUGGAAAGUCCUUGUAUUCGACAACAUGGGGAGGGACAUUAUCAGCAGCGUUAUGCGCGUGCAAGACCUAAGAGAAUGCGGCAUCACGAUCCAUCUUAAUAUAAACACCACAAGAGCAUCAAUACCAGAUGUACCCGUCAUCUACCUUGUCGAACCGACCUUGCCGAACCUCCAGAUCAUCACAUCCGACCUUGCGCGAAACCUUUACUCUCCUGCCUACAUCAACUGCUUACAUUCGAUACCCCGGCAAUUACUCGAGGAUUUCGCAUCAGAAUCCGCGAAGACAGGGACAACAGAGCACAUCGCUCAAGUAUACGACCAAUACCUCAAUUUCAUUGUCACGGAGCCGGACCUCUUCAGUCUGGGGCUGGGAAGCGGCGUAUACUGGGCCAUGAACAGUGCCAAGACACCGGAUGAGGAAUUGGACGCAACUGUGGACAAGGUGGUCAGCGGGCUGUUCAGUGUAGUUGUCACAAUGGGAUCAAUACCAAUCAUCCGGUGUCCAAAAGGCGGCGCAGCUGAGAUGAUAUCUGCAAAACUCGAUAGAAAACUGCGGGAUCAUAUCUUGAACUCGAAAGACAACCUAUUUUCCAGCGGAUCCCAGUCGAAGUCUGCUGAAGCACAAUCAUCUCGACCUGUUCUCGUCAUUGUUGACCGCACUGUCGAUUUGAUCCCCAUGCUAUCUCACUCGUGGACCUAUCAGUCGCUAGUACAUGAUGUCCUCAAAAUGCGCCUAAACAGGAUCACAGUCGAGGUACCAAAGGACGAAACCAACCCGAGUGGAGGAGUAGAAAAGAAGAACUUCCAUUUGGAUUCCAAGGACUUCUUCUGGAAUCGCAAUGCCCCGGUCCCAUUUCCGCAAGUAGCGGAGGAUAUCGACAACGAACUCACGAAGUACAAGGAAGAUGCGGACGAGAUCAUGAAGAAGACUGGUGUCAACUCAAUACAAGACCUCGAUGGAGACAACAGUGCUUCUGCUCAUCAUCUCAAAGCUGCAAUAACUCAGUUGCCGGAGCUCCGGGAGCGGAAGGGCAUCUUGGAUAUGCAUAUGAGCAUUGCUACAGCUUUGUUGACCGGAAUCAAAGAGCGCCAGCUGGAUAACUACUACCAGCUGGAGGAAACCAUUCUGAAACAGACCAAAGCACAAAUCAUGGAGCUCAUCGCCGACCAGGACAAAGGCAAAGACCCUUUGGAUAAACUUCGUCUAUUCAUCAUCUGGUACCUAAGCACGGAACAAGAGGUCUCCCGCGCUGAGUUCCAGCGUUUCGAGGAGGCACUGAAAACCGCUGGUGCUGAAACGGCUUCGCUAGCAUACAUCAACGGCGUCCGCGGUCUCACCCGCAUGACAAUGAUGUCCAGCGCCCCCUCCCAACCCACGCAAUCCACCUCCACCGAGCUCUUCCGCGGCUUCUCCUCCAUGUCCACCCGCUUCACCGACCGCUUCAAAGAGGUCGGCAUCAGCGCCAACUUCGAGAACCUCAUCUCCGGCGUCAAGAACUUCCUGCCAGCCGACAAGGACUUCACCCUCACCAAGAUCACCGAGUCGCUGAUGGACCCCCAGAACGCCUCCUCCUCUGCCAUCGCUAAGACCGAGAACUAUCUGUUCUUCGACCCCCGCAGCUCGACGGCGAGGGGCAUCGUGCCCACGGCCAGCCAGGCGCGGAGUCAGGCUCCGGGGGCGCCGGGCGUGUCGAGGGGCAUCGAGGCGAGUUUUGGGCAGCGAAGGCAGGGGUUUGCGGAGGCGAUCGUGUUCACGGUGGGAGGUGGGAGCAUGGACGAGUAUGGAAACUUGCAGGAAUGGGCGACGCGGACGGGUGCCGGCGGUGGGCCGGCGACGGCGACAGGGCCGAAGAAACGGGUGGUGUAUGGAAGCACGGAGUUGUUGAAUGCGCAGGAUUUCGUGAGCAAGGAGUUAGCGAGAUUGGGGGAGGAGGCUUGAGUGAGGGGUGGAAGCCCUGUUGUGCGGCAUCGCUGUAUAAGUGCUAGAAUUUAGGAUGGUUCGGAUAUUGUAUCCUAUCUGAUCAAGCUGAAGGCACUGCCUGGACAGGCAUACGCAAUUAUAAUAUACCUCAAAAACAACAGUUGAUAUCUUGGAUUGUGCAUAUU